AUAUGCGGCACACACAGCCGUCCAGGUUACGGCUGCCGCUGGUCAUUAACGCACCGACUGGUACCACGAUAUGAGGCAGCAGUGAAUCCUAGCGAAAGACUUGGUACACAUAAGUCGCCCUCCGCCGUCCAGAUUACCGCCCCUUGUCACCUCACUGUCACUUUCGUCGACAUUUUACAUUCCUUAGAGAACGGACCAACGGCCCUUUUCAGGGCCAUCCCUGUCACUGUGUCUUUUGG